AGAAUAACAAUGGCGGAUGAAGUGAACAUGGCCACGUACCCAGCCGUUAAAGCAAGGGUACACGUUUAAAUAUCUGCACAGGUGAAUAGUGAAUUCUCUCAGAGACAUAAUCACCCUGUGGUGAAUAUUAUAAAUAUCACACUUGUCCAUAACAGAAAAUGGCAAACAUUUUGAGCGGCUUGAUCACCGUUGUGGUCAGCGUGGCAGCGUACUUGUACUACAAACAUACGAGUGAACAAAAACGCAUUGAAGCAGUUUUGGACGGUCUUAAGCUUAUAGAAAAAGAAGCUCCUUUGGAAGGAACGCCCAGAGUUGCUGUUGGCUUUGAAGCUACCAUAGAUUAUAUCGUGGAUGCUUUGGAAUUGUUUGAAGUGAUGAAUCUUGAACCGCCAGAGAAAGCCAAACCUCACGACAUUUUGAGGAAUGAGGGAGAGUUUAUGGAAACAUUUGCCUUCUUCUUUAAUCAUAGCGCAGCGUCAUCGUAAGUCUGUUGAUGUUCAUAAUACCUGGCGUAUUUUUCCAUUUUGUAUACAGUUAGAUUGUAAAUAUUUAAUUUCAUCAGAGGGCACAAAUUGGGACCAUUACUCAUAGACCGCGCCCGGACACUUAUUUCUCUUGAUGUCUUGGUUUUGGAUGGAAAGCUCUGUUUUCAAAGCAAGGCAAAAAAAGGACCAAACGACAAUUUCAGUUCAGUUUAGGAGAAAUGAGUGAAAACCCUUGACGGACCUUAUUACCGUUCCUGUCAAACCUUGAAAUAAACAUGAACCUCUCCCUUUUUUCACACUUGUGAUAAAGCUUUCUAUACUUUAUUUGAUUUUAUGUAUUUUAUUUAUAUAUUGUUAUAAAUAAAUUUUCCUUUUUGUAUCAUAAUAAUAACUAAUCUGAAAUGUUACAAUUAAUAUACAAUUAUUGUAACUGUAUGUGUAAAAUUUUUUGGCAAAGAUUAUCAGGAGAAUAUUUUCAAAAGAUGCUGUGUGGUACAUCUUCCCUUUCCUGAAUGAAAGACAAUUAUUUUUAAUUAUUUUUCAGACGUUAUAUGGAAAACAAAGAACUUUUCCAAAGAAUGUGUGAAAAAGCUAAUGAACUGGAGAGUAACUAUAAAGCACUAGGAGGUACUGGUCUUCACAUUGGGAAACGUCUUGCUCUUGAGGGAUGUAAUGUACUAAUGGCCGGAGAUACAUCUAACGAAUUUAUAAAAAUGCUACCUAAGGGCAUGUAUCCUGUUGGGAAUAUUGUUCCAGUUGAUGACAUUCACAUGCUUUUGGAAUAUCCUGCUCUCAGACAUUGGGGAAAAUAUACUUCACAAAGAGCUAACCGUUUAGUUGUACACAGUGAUGAGAAUAAUCCUUACUUACGUUCAUUACAGGAAUUUGAAAAAUCAUUCAAGGAAUUCUCACCUUCGGUUCUAGUUGUUGGUGGUCUGCAUAUGCUGGAUAACUUUCCAGGGUUUAAUAAAGGUGAUAGCAGUCAAAUUUUAAAGAGGCUUCAGUUGUUUUUGGACACUAUUUCUGUUCCCAUCCAUUUUGAAAUGGCCCCCUUCCAUCAAGAAACAUUCUUUGAUGAACUUUUGCAAUAUGUAAUUCCUUACACGAGUAGUAUGGGUAUGAAUGAACAGGAACUUCCUAACUUGUGGAGCAAGCUGCUCUAUGAAAAUAUAACAGUUGUUUCAAGUCAGAAACCGAGAGUUGCAAAAGUACUGGAUCUCAUGAGAGAAGUGUACAAGAUUUCAAAUGAGAACUAUGGAAAAAGUAGGAAGAGACAGUUGACAAGAUUACACAUCCAUACACUGGCAUUUCAAGCAAUUCUAACCACUAAGGGAUCAAGGUGGAAAAAUACCAAGGCAGCUUCGGCAAAAGCAUCUUUGACAGCAACACGUCAUGUGUGCGGCUCAGAAGAUAUUGAUCCUCAGAAAUCAAAGUUACUCAUGGAUGACUCAUUUUCUAAGAGUAUAGUUCCAGGCAGCCCCAGAGUUGAAUUUGAUACCAGUUCACCUGUAUCCUGUUGGAAUGAGGAUGAUUAUGAAAUCUGUGUUGCUCCUGUGUUAGUUUGUACCCAAGUAUUGCAGACAGGAGGUGGCGGAGACCAAAUUACUGGGGGUGGUCUGGCAUUACAAAUUUGAAUGACGUGUAACUUUCUACACUAGAGAUGAUCAGACAACACUACAUACAAUAGUGUUUCAUUGAGAGAUAACAACAUGUGAAAAUAAAAUUGAAGAAUUUCUUUAGAAGUGACUUGUUAUUAAACUAGCUCCCAAGCUGACUAUAACGGGGUCUUUUUUCAUGAUUUUAAAUUACUAUAGCUACUGAAGUUAAUUUCUUAUUCCAUUUAAAUUUUGUAAUUGCAUUGAGUUUUUAAUAUCAAUAGCCCUUUUUUUUGGAAAAAAUAAGCACGUGAAGACUUCUGGUUGUUGUAAGACAGUGAAAUAUAUGAUUUCAUAAUGUAAAAGGCCUCCAGUUAAGGACCAGUAAAUAAAAACAGUAACAGGUGAGGAAAAUCAACAAAUAUGAUAAGAUAAAAACAUUAAUAAUGACAGUUAUAAUAAUGAUGAUAAUAAUAGUAAUAGCAAUAAUAAAAAAGUAAAUUUUCAAAUAUAUUUCAUAACCAUCAAAACAAGUCAAUAAUAUGCAAUAAAAUACGAG